AUGAAGAAAUAUGGUGUUCACCAUUCUAAUGGCCAAGCGGAGAUUACUAAUCACGAGAUCAAGGCAAUAUUGGAAAAAACAGUUAAUCCGUCAAGGAAAGAUUGGAGCAAGAGGCUUGGUGACGCAUUGUGGGCCUACAGAACUGCUUUUAAAACGCCUAUUGGAAUGUCGCCUUACAGGCUCGUGUUUGGCAAGAUGUGCCACCUACCAGUUGGUAUUGAGCACAAGGCGUAUUGGGCAGUGAAAGAGUUGAACAUGAAACCUACAGCCUGCGAUGAAGAAAGGAAGUUACAACUACAGGAAUUGGAGGAACUUCGGCUGAAGUCGUUUGAGUCUGCCAUGUGGUGCUCCUUUUUCCAAUCCCGGCUCAAGCUAAUGCCAGGGAAAUUGAAGUCCAAAUGGAUAGGCCCAUAUACCAUCGUUGGCAUCCGCGCAAACGGAGCAGUGGAGAUCCAGGGAAGUGCUCCUAACUCUGUCCCUUUCCUUGUAAAUGGUCAUAGAGUGAAAGUCUAUAGGGAUAAUUCAGAGUUGUGUGUGGUGGACGAAGUUCCGCUACACGCACUCCCAACUAUCGCCUAG